GGAAUAUCUCAAUUCACUCUCUUGAUACUCCUUUUUAAGCGCCAAUUUGGGCCCACCUCAAUCCUCUCUUAGCCUGAAACAAGUCCUUAUUUUACUUCUAUUCAUUAUCUGCAAAUCUUUCACAAUGAAGGACUUAAAAGGCAAAACUGCACUCAUCACAGGCGGUGGCACUGGAAUCGGCCUCGCGCUCGCCCUUCAACUCGCCGCCGAAGGCACAAACAUUGUUAUCUGCUCAACAAACAAAGAGCGUCUUUCUGCCGGUGCCAACGAGAUCCGAAAAUCAGCUUCGAAUGUCAAAGUCCUCGACAUAAUUUGCGAUGUCUCCGACCGCUCCUCCGUCAAAACCCUCAAAGCAGAGAUCACUAAAGCCGGGCUACAAGUUGAUAUCCUAGUAUGUAACUCAGGUGUGACCACUGGAGGAGAAUUUCAUCUACAUCGCGAGCAGGAUUGGGAUUGGGUCUAUGGAGUCGUGUUGAAUGGAACUACGUAUUGCAUUCAGGAGUUCUAUCCGGACAUGGUGAAUCGUGGCUACGGUCACAUCUGUAUUCACGGCUCCCAAGCCGGUAUGGUGCCUAACUGGGUGACUCUGCAUGGCCCUUAUACCUCUGCGAAAGCCGCUGUCCAUGCCCUCGGCGCCGCACUCCGGCCCGAAGCCGCUCAACACGGUGUCGGCAUUUCCACUAUCAUCAUUGCGGGGACGCAGACGGAGAUUAUGAAGAGUGAGAGGAGUCGCCCGGAGCGAUUUGGAGACUCUUUGGUAGUGGAUCUUAAGAAGAGGGAGGCCAGACGUAUUCCGCCGGCGGAUGUUGCAAGCCAAGUUGUGGACGGAAUCAAGCAGGAUAAAGGCUGGGUGGCAACACAUCCCGAUUUGAAGGCGAGAACGAAGCAGUAUUUCGAUGAGAUUCUUGCGGCGUAUGAUCAUGAGUAG